AUGUCGCCGCGUCGCAGUCGCGAUGGCGGCAUCUUGAGCACUCUGCUGCUGGUGGCAGCAAAUCUUCUGGUUCCAAUCGCCAUAUUCGUCUUUGGCAAGGGGUUUUUUCCCUACAAGCCACUUCUCCCUGGUCUUGCGACGUAUGGCGAGAGCUCCGUUUAUGGCGAGCCACCAAAGGCGCAGUUUGACAAGCUGGUGUUUAUGGUUGUUGAUGCGUUGCGGAGUGAUUUUGUCUACACAGCAAACAGCGGCUUCAAAUUUACCCAAUCACUGAUUCGCGAUGGGGGUGCUCUACCGUUCACGGCACAUGCCACUUCGCCGACUGUUACGAUGCCACGGCUCAAGGCGAUAACCACGGGGUCUAUUCCUUCGUUCCUGGAUGUGGUGCUUAAUCUGGAUGAGGGGGAUGAAAGCUCAAGCUUGGCGUCGCAGGAUACGUGGUUGGCGCAGAUGAAGAGGAAGAAGAAGGGGAAGCUGGUCAUGUACGGAGAUGAUACAUGGUUGAAGCUGUUUCCGGGCAUGUUUGACCGCUUUGAGGGGACGACUAGCUUUUUUGUUUCGGACUUUACCGAGGUCGACAGUAACGUCACGAGGCAUGUUCCAGAGGAACUGGAGAGGAAGGAUUGGAAUACUCUGGUUUUGCAUUAUCUUGGGUUGGAUCAUAUUGGGCACAAGGGCGGGCCGAGGAGCCCCCAUAUGCUCAACAAGCAGCACGAGAUGGACGGCAUCGUCAAGCAAAUCUACCAGGCCAUCGAGUCCAAAGACCACCUCAAGUCAACCCUCUUUGUCGUCUGCGGAGACCACGGCAUGAACGACGCCGGCAACCACGGCGCCUCCUCCGCUGGAGAGACAUCCCCAGCCUUGUUGUUCCUCUCCCCCAAGCUCAAGAAGCUCAACAAGAGACUUCGAGCACCGCUGCCAGAGAACCCCGACUUCCAGUACUACGACACCGUCGAGCAGUCCGAUCUGGCGCCCACUCUUGCCGCCUUGAUGGGCGUUCCAAUCUCCAAGAACAACCUCGGCGCGACCAUCCCUGACUUUUUGCCGUUUUGGUCUAGCAGUGAAGUCAAGGCCGAGAUUCUCAUGCGCAACGCGGAUCAAAUCAUGCAGGUGGCCCACGCGGCUUUUGGCCAAAAGAUGUAUGAGUGGUCCUUUAAGGAAGACGGCAAGCCCGAGACAGACGAUGAGAAGCUAGCUGCCGGUUACAUGGAAUUUGAGCAGUUGUAUCAACAAGUCUACCGAGGAGCCAGUCCUGACCUUUACCAGGAAAUGAUCCCCAAAGCAGGAAACUGGCUCCACGAAGCCCAAUCCUUCCUCUCCGGCAUGGCGAGCAACUAUGACACUCCACAAAUGCUCCUCGGUUUUGGAAUCGCCCUUUCGGCCCUCGUCCUCGCUCUCAUCUCCUCCCCCACCCUCCCAUCCAUCCCCUUCUCCCUCGUCACUCUCGCCUACGGCGCAAUGAUGUUCGCCAGCAGCUACGUCGAAGAGGAGCAGCACUUCUGGUACUGGGGCACAACCGCCUGGUUCGGCUACCUCCUCCAACAUCUCACCUUUGGUCUCUCCAGCCUGCCAAUCUGGCUUUCUUUUGCGACGUCGAUUGGACUUGUGCUCGCGGCAUUCACCUUCAAGGUUGCCUUUGUGGUGGAGGAUGCGCCGGAAUUGUUGACAGAGUUUGUGAAGAAAAUGCUGGAGAUUAAUUUCAGUGGUGGGGGGAGGGAGCUGGUGGAGAGAGCGCGGGCGGUGUUUAUCGGGUUGGGGAUCCUGAUGGCUGCUAGUCUGGGAUUCAUGGGGGCGAAGAAGCAGAUUAGCCAGGGGCAGCCGGGGGUUUUCACUGCUUUGACGGAGCUGACGCUUUUUUUGGUGACGCAGAGCAGGGUUACUGAUAUCCCGCUUUUUUUGCUUUAUAAUCUUCAGUUCAGGCUACUACUCUCGUAUGUACCGGAGUUGGAGCUGGGGGAGAUUACGCUGUCGAGUCUACUGCUGCAGUACGCCUCGUUCUUCGCACAAGGCGGCUCCAACGCCAUCAGCUCGAUCGAUUUAUCGUCGGCGUAUAAUGGGAUCGCAACGUACAACGCGACGUUCGUGGGGAUAUUGACGUUCUUGUCGAACUGGGCUGGGCCGGUGUAUUGGGCGGUAGCGACGGUGAUUUUGCUGCUGAGCAAACGACAACAUCUGCUGAGCCGCCGCCGGGGAGGGGAAGAGGGAAAUGUGUACAAGUUGCACGUCUCCCUCAUGACGGUGUUUAUCACCGCGGCGACGGCUGCGGUCAUGGGGGCUUGUGGGGUGUUGAGGGAUCAUUUGUUUAUUUGGACGGUUUUCAGCCCAAAGUAUCUUUAUGUUGUUGCCUGGGCUGGGGGGGUGCAUUUGGGGGUGAAUGUCGGGAUGGGGGGUUUGUUGUAUUGGCUUGGGGUCAGGGAGGGGAGUGGGAGGGAGAAGGCGUGA